GUUCCGUCGGUAUUAUUGGAAAAAUCGCCAGCGCAAGCAACGCAACUCCAGUGGCUUGCAAAUGUCAACAAAACCCACCUUUGAUCUUGUUCGUGUUAUUUGCUUUAUCUGAUGUUUUAAAUUUAGGAGAAGCUGAAGGAUAGUUCGUCUGAGUUCUUUUGCUUCUUUUGGCCAAUUCCAGGAAUUCCGAUGAAUCGCGGCUACAUAUAUGAUCAAAGACCCAAAUAUAUAGCUGAUCAUUUCAGCAACUUAGAUCAGGUAAUAUCUGCUCUGAGAGAUUCUGGACUUGAAUCCUCGAACUUGAUACUGGGAAUUGACUUCACCAAGAGCAACGAAUGGACAGGAAGAUAUUCAUUCAAUAGAAAAAGCCUUCAUGCCAUCGGUAACAGGCCAAAUCCCUACGAGCAAGCAAUAUCCAUAAUUGGCCGUACAUUGACUCCCUUUGAUGAAGAUAAUCUCAUACCUUGUUUCGGCUUUGGUGAUGCAUCAACACAUGAUAAACAUGUAUUCAGCUUUUACCCGGAUAACGAGCCUUGUCACGGUUUUGAAGAUGUUAUGAAAAGAUAUAGAGAGAUCGUUCCACACUUGAAGUUGUCCGGUCCUACCUCAUUUGCACCAGUUAUAGAUGCAGCCAUUGACAUAGUUGAGCAGAACAGUGUGCGGUAUCAUGUGCUUGUCAUCAUUGCGGACGGGCAGGUGACCAGGAAUCCCGAUGUGCCCCCCGGUCGGCUUAGUCCCCAGGAAGAGGCUACAGUCAGUUCCAUAAUGGGGGCUAGCCAUUACCCCUUGUCGAUCGUCUUGGUUGGAGUAGGAGAUGGCCCUUGGGAUGCUAUGAAGCAAUUUGAUGACAAUAUUCCUCACCGUGAAUUCGAUAACUUCCAGUUUGUGAAUUUCACGAAGAUAAUGUCAGAGCAGACAGAUGCAGGGAAAAAGGAGGCGGCUUUCGCACUUGCAGCCCUCAUGGAGAUUCCAUUUCAGUACAAGGCCACAUUAAGCCUUCAGUCUGUUAGUGGAGGAAGACCGGUUCGAGGUUUACACCAACGGAUGAAAACUCUUCCACCUCCACCAGAGGCUACACAGAACGAUAAUGCCAUUAGAUCAGUGCCACGAGCUGGAAAUAGCGAGAAAAGUGAAACAGCUCGAGAAACAGAACCGGUAUGUCCCAUUUGCUUGACGAACCCAAAGGACAUGGCUUUUGGCUGUGGCCAUUUGACUUGCAAGGAAUGUGGUGUGGCUGUGAAGAUAUGCCCAAUGUGCAGACAACCUAUAACGACCAGAUUGAGGCUGUUCACUUAAAAUAUGUAAGCUCAGGCAUUAGGAAAUCCCCUUUAUGUACAGGUUUCUUCUUGUGGAUUCACGUGUAUAAACAACGGUAAUGGAGUUCAUUUGAUGAUCUUGUGUUUCAAAAU